AUGAAGCUGUGGGCGCGCUUGAUUUUGUCGUUGGUGUUCCUGUGGUCGCUGGCGAUUCUGGGAUCAUGCGAGAGUCAAACAAAGUCGGUCUCGACCUCUCGACAUCGAUCUGAGAAACCGAAUACCGAGGGUUUUACGACCGGCGAGAAUAAUGGCUGGAAAGAUGUGAGAGCUGGGAACGAGCUCGUUGACUCCGCGUUACGAAAACUUCGAGCGAUCAAGGUGUCGACGGCGGCACAGGACAGGCCCUCAGGGGUGAUCGGAUAUGCCUUACACUAUGCUAAACGCGCAUUCUACCUGUUGUUCAUGAAUGGGCCAUCACUCGACGAUGAAUCACGAAAAACAAGUCGGUCAAAUAAACUUCUCCCGGAAUUAGUGGAAGCGAUACAUGAACUGGAGGUCGCAGCAGAAACGUCUGGAAAUGCUGACGCCAUGCUUCUCCUUGCCGACAUGAACUUUUACGGCAACUAUUCUUACCCCCGCAACUUCAAAGAAGCAUUUCGUUGGUAUCAGGAGCUUGCUUCGACGACUGGAAAUAGUACGGCACAAUACAUGGUCGGAUUCAUGUAUGCAACCGGUAUCGGUGAUGCGGUUGAGCGGGAUCAAGGAAUGGCGCUGUUGUAUCACACCUUUGCAGCUGAGCAGGGAAACACGAGAUCGGAAAUGACUCUUGCUUUUCGUCAUCAUGUUGGUAUUGGCGGUUCGAGAGACUGUGACCAGGCCGUGCACUAUUACAAGCAGGUUGCCGAUAAAGCUAUUGACUAUUUGCGGUCUGGUCCCCCUGGUGGCCGGGUUAUGGUCCGAGAGUCGCAUCGAUGGGUAGAUGAUGACGGCGGGAUAUAUGGUGAAGGUGCAAGCUUUUCGAGCUCAGGGCCCAACGCUCAUAGAGAUGGUAGUCAUUCAAGCGCAGAUACUAACUUGGAAGACGUCCUCGAAUAUCUAGACUUAUUAUCCAAAAAAGGCGAGCUGAGGGCAACUUUGAAUCUCGGCAAGAUGUUUUACGACGGUGCUAGGACAUUGCCUCGCAACUACAAGAAAGCUAUGAAAUAUUUCAGGGUCGUCACGAAAAAAUAUUGGACCAAAGACGGCGAUAUUCUCGCCAACCAUCCGAUGGGUAUUGAGAAGGUGGCAGCCAAAGCUGCUGGUUACAUUGGAAUGAUGUAUCUGCGUGGAGAAGGCGUUGAGCAAAAUUUUGCAACAGCCAUGCUGUGGUUCAAGCGCGGCCUUGCCAACGGCGAUGCCUUGUGUCAGUACGAGAUUGGACUGAUGUACCUGCAUGGCUACGGGGUGCCAAAGGAUGCGUUCAGAGCUGCUGAGUAUUUCAAAGCAGCUGCCGAACAGGAUUUUCCCGCUGCACAAACUAGAUUCGGCGCCUUGUUCCUUGAUCAGGGUGAUGUACAAACAGCGACUAAGUAUUUCGAGCUCGCUGCCCGCUGGGGCUGGAUGGAAGCUUUCUAUUAUCUCGCAGAGAUUGUCAAUUAUGGCGUUGGUCGCGAACCACACUGUGGAAUGGCUUCCGCAUAUUACAAAAUGGUUGCGGAGAGGGCUGAAGAGCUUCAUUCUUCAUUCAUCGAGGCAAAUGAUGCGUACGAGAAAGGCGACCGUGAGACAGCAUUGAUCGCUGUCAUGAUGGCCGCUGAACAGGGCUACGAGAAUGCGCAAGCCAACGUUGCCUAUCUUCUGGAUGAACAGCGUUCCGUCUUUUCUCUGGAUAGAGUCCUACCAUGGACGACAAAGAAGCCCCGCCCAUCACUACUUCGAAAUGCGGCGCUUGCCCUCAUCUACUGGACUCGAUCAGCACGACAAUCGAAUAUCGACUCUUUGCUGAAGAUGGGAGAUUAUUACUUGGGUGGGCUUGGUAUUCCACCUGAUCCCGAAAAGGCUUCUACUUGUUAUCACACCGCGGCUGAAGGCCAUCAUAGCGCACAGGCAUUCUGGAAUCUGGGAUGGAUGCACGAGAAUGGUGUUGCAGUCGAACAAGAUUUCCACAUGGCCAAACGCUACUACGAUCUUGCACUUACCACGAAUCAGGAAGCUUAUUUCCCCGUGAAGCUCAGUCUGAUCAAACUUCGUAUUCGUCAUUUAUGGAAUCGUAUAACCAAUGGCAAUGUUAAUCCCAUUCAGGAUGAGAAAGAAUCAAAGGCACCCAGAACCUUCAAAGAAUGGGUCAUCGCAUUCCUAGAAAACGACGAAGAAGAAGCCCAACAAUACGCACAAUUGCUUCGAGAGCGUGAAGAAGAAGCAGAACUUCUCGGAACACAUCACCAUGCCGAGAACGAUGACACAGGCUACUACGACGAACUUGAGCUUGACAUAGACGAGAGUGUCUUAGAAGCUCUCAUCAUAGUUGCGCUUGCAGCCACACUGUUGAUUUUAGUAUAUAUCAGACAACAGCGUAAUCGACAGAGAGAUAAUGGAAAUGGACAACAACAGCAACAGCAACAGCAAGCAGCUGCCAAUGCAAAUAACAAUAACAAUGGCAAUGGGAAUAAUGAAAGGGGCUUCUUUCCUCGACCAGAUCAGCCAGAGUUUGCGCAGUGGGUUGCAGGAGGAGUUGGACAUUGA